AUGAUCCGAACCAUUUCUCCAAAUUGUCUCAAGUGCCCUACUUUCCGUGCGGGAAAAUGCGCCGGAACAGUCAAGCGGCUCGUGGCAACCGAGUCAUCUCCGAUCACUCGCAAAGGCAAGAAAGAAGGGGAUAUCUCUUCAAUCUUUACAACAUUUUCCGGGAAAGCCAGCCUGCCACUUCCUGACCGUUUCCGUGAAAUGAAACGAAAUCUCACCGCGGGCUUCGAAGAGCAGCUCCAGAAGUCAUGGGACGAACUUGUGGAAGUUUUGAAAGUACGAACUGAAGAGGUUGCCACCAAGCGAAAGGCUAUUAUCCCCCAAUUGAACUUUGCUGACAUCAAAUCCGGAACCGUAUCUCCUGCAGAUGUGGCUGCUAUACGACGCACCGGGGUUGCCGUUAUCAGAGGGGUUGUGGACAAGGAUGUCACGGAAAAUCUACUCGCUGACGCCCGCCAAUACCUGACGUCCCGUCCAUUCAAGGGUUUUCCGGCUGAUUCAGAUGAAAAGGUGAUCUAUGAGUCGUAUUGGAGUCCUUCUCAAGUGAAAGCAAGAUCGCAUCCCAAUAUGCUUUAUACGCAGUCAUGGAUGAAUCAGCUGUAUACUGCCGAUGCAAAUCAAAAGAUUGACCUUUCGGUCCCACUCACUUAUUGUGACCGUGUCCAAAUCCGACCACCAGGUGAUGAAAAGUUCGGGCUUCCACCUCACGUCGAUGGCGGAGGAGUGGAGAGAUGGGAGGACAAGGCUUAUAGCCACACCUACCGCAAAAUAUUCGAAGGAAAGUGGCAAGAAUUUGAUCCCUGGGAUCUUACUGGCCGCCUUGAUGCCAACAUGAACCUGUAUGAAGGACCGGGGGGGUGCUCAGACUUUAGAAGUUUCCAAAGCUGGCUUGGAUUAUCCCGCCAUGGACCCCAGGAAGGCACUCUCGUCGUCCACCCCAUCCUGCAACCGGCCACUGCUUACUGGAUGCUUCGGCCCUUUUUCAAGCCUACUCGAAAGGAUUCUUUGGAUGGAUGGAAAUUCUCUCUCGAAGAUGAUGACGGCAGUGUUUACCUGCAUGGCUCCAACCCAGGAGAUGUCCAAGAGCAUACCCCCGCUCAUCAUCCUCAUUUAAGACUCGCGGAAACCAUGAUUCCCUACCCCACCGUUGAGCCUGGUGACACUGGCCAUAUAAAACUAAUAAUGAGGAUGGUAUUCUGGAGUGCCGAUACUAUACACGGCACGGAGAUGAAAAACACAGGAAACAUCGACGCUUGUGUUUUCUAUAUCCCGUCCGUCCCAUUGAUGCCUAGCAACGCGCAAUACGUCGCACAGCAACGUGAGGCUUUUCUGCAAGGUACUCCUCCUCCCGACUUCCCUGGUGGAUGUGGCGAAUUCGAAUACUCUGAUAGAGGAACGGUUGCAGACAUUCAGUCCAAACAGGGCAAGGUUGCAAUGGGUCUGAGCCCUGUCAGGCUUGGCAAGGAUGAGAAGUCGAAGAAGCUUGAGCAGGAGGUUAAUGGAAUUUGGGGAUUCUAA